GCUAAAUGCAGUAUUAGGUUUUAAAUCCACACGUGGUCCGGGUCUUGGGCUUGUUUAGCACCGCGUAACUAGAAACUUCUGACCAACUCAUGCAAGCGAGUUGCCCACUUCUAUGAGUGCGGGGGCAGACGGGACGAAACUUUUGAUAACUAAGCAAAAUGCCCUCUUUCCCCCUAAACCAGUUCGCCGACUUGGAAGAGAUGAUGUGCAAGCAAUUACUCAAUCUGGACUUGAGGGAGCAUAACGGACUACUACCAUCCCUCAGUCAGGCCAUGAGAUCCCCAGGAUGCAUUGGGCAGCCACGGAGCAACUUAUCAUUUUCCCUGUCGUCUCUCUCCUGCCUUCCCACUGAUUCUUCAGACAGUGUAUUUCUGAACUCCAGCCAAUGGGGGCAGCAGUCAGAAAGUCCUCUGCCCACCCAGACCGCCGAUACCAACCAAUGGGGAAAGCCCAGCUUCCUUGCCCAACGAUCCAUCAGCAUGGUAGAGACCGGCAGCACCCUAGCGGCAGGUCUAGGCUGGCCCGGGACUGACAUGAUGCACUCCCCAAGUGACAUCAGCCCCCCUGCACUGAACACCAGCUCCUCCUCUUCCACCUCAUCGGUUUCCUCUUCCUCAGCACGCUAUAAGACCGAACUGUGUCGGUCUUUCAAUGAGAGCGGCUUGUGCAAGUACGGUGGGAAGUGCCAGUUUGCUCACGGGCUAGAUGAGCUGCGUGAUCUUAACAGACAUCCAAAAUACAAAACUGAGCCGUGCCGCACGUUUCACACUAUUGGCUUCUGCCCCUAUGGAAUGCGCUGCCACUUUGUCCAUAACAAUGAGGAAGAAAUUAAACACUCCUUGUCUCGUUCCUCCUCGUGUUCUUCAUCCUCCUCCUCAAGCAUUCCCCAGCAGCCACCUGGCUCCUUCUGCUCGCACAGGCCUCCUCUUGUCAGACAUAGCUUCAGCUUUGCUGGGUUUCCCUCUACCCCCCAGCCAGCUUUUCAGCCUACCAUUAAUGCUCAACCUCCUCCUGCCACAGCUUCCUUCACACAUGCUCCAUCGGCCUCGCCUCCUUCCUGCGCUGACAUUACUGACCUCCUUUCUCAUGCCUUCCUGGAGAUGGACUCUGCCUUUGAGGCCUCCCCUGUCCAACAGUUACAACCCCCCAUGGUCCAGGCCCCUGCAGCAGAUCCUCAGUCUCCAUUCCUGCCUUCCCCAGACUCCGGCUGUUCUCCAUGUGGGCUGUCUCCGAAUGCCUCCCCUACCCUGAGGCAGAGUCCAAGUGCUACAGAGGUGUUUCCGGGGCCACUGGGUGCCCGAAGUCUGUCCUAUACCUCGCUGUCGGACCAGGACCAGGAUGGGAGCAGCUCUGUCAGCUCGCUCAGUGGCUCUGAACCCUGCGGUGGCAUUAUUGAUGCUAAUGGCAGACGACUAGCAGUGUUCAGUCAGCUCUCCGUUCCAGAGGAUGCUACUGGAUUCAGCAUUUAGGCUGCAGUGUGCUGUGAACACAAACAUACAUAUUGCAUACACGCACCUGCGUGGCAUUAAAGGAAACAAAGACUUUGUGACUGACGGACGGAGAGAUUUGCCUCUUAGAUUUAAGUGGCUAAAAUGUCGCUGUCAUAUCUGUAAGGGGGGGAGCUAAAGUGAUGCAGAAAACGAAUUCCGUGUUUCCACUGAAACAGCGCUGGGAGCAAUUGAUGCUUUACCAAAUUAGUAUGUUGACAUGGCAAAUUUAGACAAAAAUGUUGUAAUCACAGUGUGAUUGGCUUUUGUGCCGCUUGUUGUUGAGUUCCACCACACCAUUUUUUUAUUACAUUUUAACAUCAUCUGACUGACUCGCUAAAGAAUGUAACAAAGCCAAAGACAUCUUUUGUAGUUCAGACAUUUUGAUUAUGGUGGUUCAAACACAGUGUAACUUAAUGUUUUGGAAUUGGAUUUUCCUUUAACGGUUCACAUUGUCGUAUCUAUAAGCUGGUGAAACUGUUUUUUCCUUAUAGCUCUAGAGUCUGAGGUUACAUUUAAAUCACUGGCCUCCAACCUGAAUGUUAAGUUUUUAAACAACGUGCCUGUUGCGUUAUUUACCAGGUCAUGUGUGAAACAAUAUUUGCUUGUUCGUUCGGAUUGAUGUGUGGAUGGGGUGGGAGUAAUUUUAUUUAGUCUUAGCUUAGCGUAAGUUCAGGUCCCUCUGUUGUUCAGAUGAAUACAAGUGUUCCUUUUGUGUCUUGUUCAUUAUUGACAAACUGCUACCAGUUAAGUGCCAAAAGACCAAAUUUAACCUACAGGAGGAAGAGGGGGGAAACCCGGUUUGAGCUUAACAGAAAACCAAGUGGACGUUAUCAUACUUUGUUAAAUCCAAUGUUAGCGACAUAUCAGUAACUUUUGAGCUUUGAUAUUCUGGGGUUCAGCACAAAUGGUGGGUAUUUAAAAACAUGAGUCAAAGGAUAGACCAAGAAAAUGUGAAUGAGAUGCAAUUGCGUUACUCUAAAUCUUAUUCUGGCACAUUUUCUUGAAAAAAAGUUUGAUCAAGUAAAGGGAACAAUUCACGCCAGUCCUGUUUAAACCCUUGCUUUUUUCCUUACAACUUUAAGAUGCUUGUAUGUAAAUUUAGAUUAUCUUAAUGCAAACAUUCCCAAGAGUGAUUUCCCCCCCCCCCUUUUUCCCGGCAGGCAGCACUGGUGUAAGGUUUUUUAAAAGUAUUUAUCUUUUGUGACUCACCCAAUUGUUUUUCAUCUCUCAGUCAGUGUUAAUUAUUCCUGUUACGGCUUUGUGCUGUUAUGAAUGUGUAGCGUUCCUCGGCACAUGAAUGUGAACCGUGCACCCCGGUCCGUUGCCUUACUGAGCUAGAUCCAGUAUUCUGUAGGGUUAGUGUAUGUAUGCUUAGUGUCUUACAAAUGUUGCUCAGUUGUUUUGUGUGUUUAAGACAUAGUUGGUUAGAACAGAUACUGUGCUGUUACUGGUUUAUUUAAAAUUGCCUUUUGGUGAACAUGUUUAAGGCUUGUUUAGUGUAAGCUGAUCAUCUUUAGUAAAUUAAUUUCUUUAAUUUAUUUUAACAUAUUUAUAGAGGACUUUGAGUUGGUAAUGCUUGUAUCAAGUUUAAUAUAUUUGGUUUCUCUUUUUCUUUUUUUCUUUUUUGUACUGGUAAUAAAGUUUUUUGUUUUUGA